GCGGCCUACAUAUCGAUGAGUUUUCAACAUCGCAACCUUAUUUGCCCAUCACUAUCCACACCACAAUCCAUUCUUGGAGCGAGCCGUCGAAUCGGAUAAAAAUAUUUAUUUAUUUCGCACCGAAAUCAAAACUAAAACUAACUGCAAUUAUAUACGCUAAAUUGAUCCCAACAAUCAGGCGAUGGCUGUGCAAUAACAAACGAGAUGCAUAACAUGACUUCCAGUUAGAUUUAAUCACUUUCACUCUUGCCACAGCUGAGAAAUCAUCGCGGGAGAAAGACAAAAAAAAGAAGAGAAAAAAGCAAAAGUGAAGAAAAUACAAAAAAAAAAAUCCUAAACUGCUCCAAUGAGUGUUCGUCUUCUGUUUGUGGGCAAUUAACUGGCUGUGAUUCACUUGGCCAAGGGGCAAGUGAGCAACAGCAACAAGGACAACAGGAACAACGAGAACAACAACAAUAAUAUACAAAAAUACACUGUGAGAAAAGAUCAGUGGGAAUAGCAUGGGCAACGAGGACAUUCAUCGACGCCGGCAGACACCUUGCGGCUGCUGCAUGUCCGUAUUCAAGUGGAUACCCGUCCUCUUCAUAUUCGCCGUCAUCGGCUGGUCCUACUACGCCUACGUGGUGGAGCUAUGUGUUCUGAACACGGAGAAUCGCAUUGCGAUGGUAUUUAUGCUGUUGUUUUACCAUGUUGCCCUCGUUCUAUUUCUCUGGUCGUAUUGGCAAACCAUUAACACAUCGGUCGGCCGCGUGCCGGAUCUGUGGCGCAUACCAGACGAGGAAGUGAAUCAUCUGUUUCGAGCUGACAACACGGAGACACAAAAGCGGAUUUUAAACAACUUUGCACGCAAUUUGCCAGUCACAAAUCGCACAAUGAAUGGCUCUGUGCGGUUCUGCGAGAAGUGCAAGAUCAUCAAACCGGAUCGAUCGCAUCAUUGCAGCGUCUGCAGUUGCUGUGUGCUCAAAAUGGAUCAUCAUUGUCCCUGGGUGAACAAUUGCGUUAACUUUAACAACUACAAGUUUUUCGUAUUGUUCUUGGGCUAUGCUCUGAUCUACUGUCUGUAUGUUGCUCUAACUACGCUGCAUGAUUUCGUACAGUUCUGGAAGGGUCAGCUUACCGGCACCGGAAUGGGUCGCUUUCACAUACUCUUCUUGUUCUUCAUAUCGAUCAUGUUUGCCAUUAGUUUGGUGAGCCUGUUUGGAUAUCACAUCUACCUGGUGCUCGUCAAUCGCACCACAUUGGAGGCUUUUCGAGCGCCCAUCUUUCGUGUUGGGGGACCGGAUAAGAAUGGCUAUAAUCUGGGUCGUUAUGCCAAUUUCUGCGAGGUCUUUGGCGAUAAAUGGGAGCUCUGGUUUCUGCCCGUAUUCACCAGUAAGGGUGAUGGAUUGAGCUACCCUACGGCCAACGAGCAAAUGGGGAACGGCAACGCCAACGGUCAGCGCUAUGAGGCCAUGGGCCAAACAACAACAGCAACAACAGCAAACGUCGGCAGCAACAGGUUAGAGGGGCAACCAACAGAUAAGUUGAUUGAAGCUAUUCCACUCAAUAAUCAUCAUCCUCACGUGGAGCUAGAGAACGGUCAAUCAUCUAGCAACAAUCAUCCACUUAUCCCGUCUAGUCAAAUCAUUGUCAACGUUGAGCAAGCAGCAGCGAAAUUGGAUCCCAAUCACCACUCCGGCACUGCCAUCGAUAUGAUCGGUGAUCGGAUGGCGCCUUUCACAGCCAAGGAAACAAACGGCGCACCACCAUCGAGUCCUGCCAACCACAUCGUGUAAAAACAAUGCAUUCAAUUUAUAGCCAGAGUAGCAAGCAAGUUCCCAAGAUGUGUUGUGUUAGCUGCCAGUGCUUUGUUAAUGUUUAUUUAAUAUACUCGUAAGUUGUAUGAAGGACCUAA